UCGAAUCAAAACAAACAACACGUGGAAGAGGGAGGAGAGAGGAAUUGUGAUAAAAGUAGUAAUAAGAAGAAUAAUUAGAAGUGUUUGAGUGAAGAGAUAAGUGGAGGAAGGAUUGAUAAUGAGUGGGUAAGGGAGAAGAGGUAAUGAAGAGGAAGUGAAAGAAAAUAAAGAGGAAGAGGACGAGGUGGCAGACAGAAAAUUACGGAAAUCAAACGAAAGAAGGAAAUAAGGAAUAAAACAGGAGGAGACAGUGAUCAAUAGAAGAAGAACAAGAAUAAGGAAUAGAAGAAGAUAAAGAAACUGUGAUAGAUAGAAGAACGAGAAGAGGAGAAAGAAGAAAAAAAAUAAAUAAAUGAACAAGAAUAGGGAAACUACGACAGACAAAGCGAAUAGAGAAAUAGAACAAUAACAAGAAGCAGCAACGAUAAUAAACACAAGAAGAAGAGGAAGAAGAAAAUAAACAACAAAAAUGAGUCUUUUACCUAAAACAUACCAGGAAUUUAGCUCAAAACAUUAUUGGAACACUUUCUUCACCCGACGUGGAGAGAAGGCCUUUGAAUGGUAUGGGGAAUAUACAGAACUGUGUGGGCUGUUACAUAAAUAUAUACGACCUAAUGAUGAGGUUCUGGUGGCUGGCUGUGGCAAUUCGAUCCUCAGUGGUGAUUUAUAUAAGGUUGGAUACAGGAACUUAACAAACAUCGACAACAGUGAGGUGGUGAUUAGGCAGAUGAAGGAGAAGCACAAAGCCGACUGUCCCAGCAUGCAGUGGGUGAAAAUGGACCUCUCUGCAAUGGACUUCGAAGAUGGUGCGUUCUCCUGCGUACUAGAUAAGGCGGCUCUGGAUGCUGUGAUGACCGACGGCUCCGCUGAUGUGGUGGCUUUCGUCAAUAAGUAUUUAAGUGAAGUGGAGCGAGUGUUGAGGGUCGGAGGUCGGUUCGUGUGUGUGUCCCUUCUCCAGGAGCACAUCUUGAAACACGUAUUAAACUGGUUCCCGAGUCGUGGCUGGAUGGUUCGUGUUUGCAGAUGUGAGGACGCAGAGAGAUCCCAAGGCGACUCCAGUACCUUUCAGUUUCCCGUUUUCUUUCUGGUCUGCACUAAGUUUAAACCGAUGCCAAAUUUCAAGCCGGUAGUGGAGGUGCAGCUGGGGGGGGAGGGGUGUGGUGGAGGGGUGCAGCGUGUGGCGGAUGUGGCAGAGGUGGUGGAGAGAGUGGUAGAAUUGCAACAGUAUGCGUUUCUCAGACAUAAUAUGCAUACCAAGUCCCUGGCAGGCGAAGAGGUCAGUGUACAGCUGUGUGACCCGACCUCAGGCUGCACGCGUUACACCCUCCAUGUUGUCGACUCGAAAGAACUUGGCAGAAGGAUAAAAUUUGCUGUGUUUAUUGUGCCCAGAGGAAGAGAGAGGGAGUGGCUGUUUGGCAGCCGGGGGCGGGAACAGCUGGCGGAGACUGCAGGGGUGUUACGUCUGUUAGUGGCACUGGUCCACCACAGUGCCGGCGCCCCCACCACCCUGCAGGGGAUUCAGGAUCAGCUGUCACCCUGCGUCAUGGAACUGGCACCCUCGAGGCUUCCCCCGGGCACUAAGGUGCCAUUCCUCUCAGUGGGGGAGGAGCUUGGGGAGGUCAAGGAGGUCGCGCGGGGUCACAGUGACCUCUCGGGGACCUUUGUGGUGGAGGACCUGUAUCCACCUGGAGCUCCACCAAUCAGGAGGCUUGUUUUCCUCGGCAACCAGGCUGUCGUCCAAUCAGAGGCCAGGAUUCUUGUGGACAAAGGAAAAGAGGAGAAGAACAGGAAGAAGAAGAAGAAGGGCCGAGGAGGAGGAGGAGGAGGAGGAGGAGGAGGAGGAGGAGGAGGAGGAGGAGGAAGAAAAAUAGACCAUUCUUUUCUCUCCUGUCAUCACCAUCUUGUUAUGUUAAGUGGAGUUGCUCUGGCUCCACCUACUGCCCCUGUGCUGGUGGUGGGGCUUGGUGGGGGUGCCCUGGCCUCAGCCCUCCACCACAGCUUCCCCCAGGUUGUGGUGGCAGUGGAGCUGGACAAAGCAAUGGUGGAGGUGGCCAGCAAUUGGUUUGACUUCAAGGUGGAUGAACGGAUGAAAGUGGAGGUUUGUGACGGACUGGACUACAUCAGACGGGCAGUGGAGGAAGGAUCUAAAUUCGGCGCCAUCUUGUUCGAUGUGGACUCAAAGGACACCUCUGUAGGACUCAGCUGUCCCCCUGCAUCCUUCCUGCAUCCUUCAUUUCUUCAGGACGUGUCUCGCUGCCUGGUGGAGGAAGGUCUUCUGAUAGUGAACCUGGUUUGUCGCGACCCUGACCUCCGCUCUGACGUGUUGAGGGAUGUCAAGUCAGUGUUUCCUUCAGUCCUCCUUCAGGAUAUCCCACAGGAGGUCAACUGCAUCCUACACUGUCUGCAGGAGCCCUUCAGGGACACGCAGGCCCUUAAAAUGAGGUUUGAGGAGAAGGUCAAAGGUCAAAGUGAUAAAUUUUGUGAAAGUUAUGGAAAAAAUGUGAAUGAUUUAAUUGAUAUGAUAAAGAAUGUGUCUGUUUUGUAGUGUGUGUGUGUGUGUGUGUGUGUGUGUGUGUGUGUGUGUGUGUGUGUCUGUCUGUCUGUCUGUCUGUCUGUCUGUCUGUCUGUCUGUCUGUCUGUCUGUCUGUCUGUCUGUCUGUCUGUCUGUCUGUCUGUGUCUCUCUCUCUCUCUCUCUCUCUCUCUCUCUCUCUCUCUCUCUCUCUCUCUCUCUCUCUCUCUCUCUCUCUCUCUCUCUCUCUCUCUCUCUCUCUCUCUCUUUUAAACAAAUAUUUACAGAAAAGCUUAAAAUUCCACG